GUCUGACUACAACAUCAGAAGUAUUAUCAUGGCUAGCGUUGUUCUUGAAGGAAACACGGAUUUUGAGGGUUCGGUUGAAAAGUCCAGUGAAUCACUGCUAAACAACCCCACAUGUCGCCCGGGGGUCGCCCCCGUCAAACCACAGUAAGCUCUAAGCUUAUAACAACAAGAACUCUUUGAAAGUCUCAAUUUAUAAGUCAUACGAAUUAUGGCCCAAACCCCAGUUUCCAAGAAAAUAAGAGCAGAUAAUCUUUAUUUUAUCUACUAUUAUUCUGUUAAAAACCACACUCAAAUGAGGGUUUGUGAAAAAGAACGAAAAGAAACAUGUAGCUAUACUUGACAGCAAUCCACUAAAAAAUCUGGUGCAAGAGGAAGUAAAUCCAUUAAAUGAUACUCAAGAACAUACUGAUGGUCCUCCAAGGAAAAAGAAGAAGAACCGAGGCAUGAACAGACAAAGGCCAAGAGAACAGAGGCCAGAUAACUCAAGCAAACUGUGUUCCUUUGCAGCCCGUGGUGAGGAAUGUACAAGGGGAGAUAGCUGUUUCUACGGACAUGACCCUCAGAAGUUUUUAGAAACUAAAGAGCCUGAUAUUGGUAAAGAAUGUGUGAAUUUUCUUAAGUGUGGUAAAUGUCCCUACGGGAUAUCGUGCAGGUAUUGGAAGCACCAUACUACAGCAGAUCUAAAGUCAAUUAUAAAUGAAGAGCUCUUUCCCCAUUACAAGGAAGACACUAGUAAUAAUCUCGCUAAAGAUGUGCAGAUCAGUCUCAGGAAAAAGAAGUACAUGUUUCCUCGAUCAAAUGCAUACUUGGAGUUGCUAAGCAAUGCCCAGAAUGUUAACACUCAAACUGGGGUUGUCAGAACUCAUGGCUGUGUAACAAAUGAAGACUUGAUCAAGUUAAAAACUCAAGAAAAAAAAAGGAUAGAUUUCUCAGACAAGCUAUAUUUAGCACCCCUAACAACUAUUGGUAACUUGCCAUUUAGAAGAAUUUGCAAGCAAUAUGGAGCUGACAUAACAUGUGGUGAAAUGGCGAUGUGUACAAGUCUACUCCAGGGUCAGCAGUCAGAGUGGGCUUUGGUGAAACGCCACAGCUCAGAGGAUAUCUUUGGUGUCCAGUUAUGUGGUGCAUUUCCUGACACCAUGACAAAAUGUGCUGAGCUGCUUCAGAAGGAGACUGAUGUUGACUUUAUUGACAUCAACACUGGCUGUCCUAUUGAUCUUGUCUUCAAUAAGGGAGCUGGCAGUGCAUUGAUGGAGAGAAAGGGGAAGCUUCAACAGAUAGUCCAGGGGAUGAAGAGUGUAAUUGAUAUUCCACUCACAGUGAAAAUACGGGCAGGAAUACAUGACAAGAAAUACACCUGGAAUGCCCACAAGCUGGUAGGGAAUCUCAGGGACUGGGGCACUGACAUGGUAACGAUCCAUGGCCGUUCACGAGAGCAGCGGUACACCAAGAGCGCAGACUGGGACUACAUAAGUGAGGUUGCGAAACUAGCAUCACCUAUGCCUGUCUUUGGAAAUGGGGACAUCUUAUCGUUUGAGGACGCUAUGCAGCAUCGUAAGCAGGCAGGAGUGGCAGGUGUGAUGAUUGCCAGGGGUGCUAUUAUCAAGCCUUGGAUUUUUACAGAAAUCAAAGAGCAAAGACACUGGGACAUCUCGUCCUCAGAGCGUCUCGACAUCCUUCGGCAGUUUGUGAAUGCAGGUCUAGAACACUGGGGCUCGGACACUCAGGGAGUAGAGAAAACGCGGAGGUUCCUACUAGAGUGGCUCUCCUUCACAUGCAGAUACGUCCCUGUGGGUCUCCUAGAACGACUACCGCAGCGAAUAAAUGAUAGACCACCAGCUUAUUUCGGUAGAAAUGACCUCGAGACACUGAUGGCAAGUCCUAACUGCGAGGAUUGGGUCAAAAUUAGUGAGAUGUUACUUGGUCCCGUGCCAACUACGUUCGCGUUUCUUCCCAAGCACAAAGCAAACUCCUACACCGAAACAGAGGGGUGAUCUGCACGGGAGUUUCGAAGGGUGGCUUGAGUUUCAAGCAUAUCGUAACCUGUUGAAGUGCGUUAGAGCUUGCGACUCCCUCUACGCCAAUCCCUUCACACGCCACCACUUUCCUCUAUCCCCCAUUAGGGUUAGAUUUUUUGGAAGGGGGAUAGGGGUUGGGGGUAGGAACAAUCCUCAUGGAAGCAUUGAUAGUGAUAUGUAAUAUAUGCUUUGGAUAUCAAUAUUGUUGUAAUGGAUGCAUUUCGUAAUAAAUAUGAUGUGAUUAUUAAA